AACCGGAAGCAAAACAAACAUCAGUGCGCAGGCGCGCAGAGCUCAGCAGAGGAGCUUCAUCUCACUGAAAAAUAAAAAAAAAGAGUUUAUUUUAAUUUUAUUUAAUGUUUUUCGGGAGAAACUGAAGUCAGGCGAGCGCGUGCACGAGAGCACGAGACACGAGGGAGCGCGAGACCUGCUGCAGCGAUGAAGAGGAGUCGGAUGCUGACCGUGGUGGUGGGCGGAGUCUUCUGUUUGGCCGUGAUGUCACUGUACCACAUGCUCGAGGUGAUGCAGGGGGCGGAGCUUCAACAAGUGGAGACACCUGCUGGACAGGUGGAAAACGAUUUGUCCCGCCUCCAGCAGCAGAUUGAAAGGUUGGAGCAUCUCCUUAGCGACAACAACCGUCUGGUUGCUAAGGUGCGUGACUCACUGAUUCACCACAAAGCAUCACGGGAAAAAGGAGGCGAGGUCAAUGUGAGCUCGGGCUCCGCCCCCCGCAGAGCUGACACGCUUCCUGGCUGCCGAUUGGCCGAAGAGAUGAAAGAUGGAGCCGAUGGAGUUCAGCUGCUGGACGUUUACGACGUGCUGCCGUUCGAUAACCCCGACGGCGGCACCUGGAAACAGGGCUUUGAGAUCAGUUACCACGGCGACGAGUGGGAUAAGACGCCGCUGGAACUCUUCCUGGUUCCUCACUCCCACAACGACCCCGGCUGGUUGAAGACGUUUGAGAAUUAUUAUCAGGACCAGACGAAACACAUCUUCAACAACAUGCUGAUCAAACUGACUGAAGACAGCAGGAGGAAGAUGAUUUGGGCAGAAAUCAGUUAUUUCUCUAAAUGGUGGAACGAGAUCGACGAUCAGAAGAGAGAGAUCGUCAAACGCCUGGUGAGGACGGGGCAGCUGGAGAUGGUGACGGGCGGCUGGGUGAUGGCCGACGAGGCGAACUCGCACUACUUCGCUCUGUUGGAUCAGCUGAUGGAGGGACACCAGUGGAUCCAGAGACACCUGGGCGUGAAGCCGAGCAGCGGUUGGGCGGUGGAUCCCUUUGGCCACUCCCCCUCUAUGGCCUACCUGCUGAAGGGGGCGGGGCUGAGCAACAUGGUCAUCCAGAGAGUUCACUACGCCGUCAAGAAGCAAUUCGCCCAGAAACAGACACUCGAGUUCCUAUGGCGACAGAGCUGGGACUCCUCCCCCCGCAGUGACAUCACAUGUCACAUGAUGCCGUUCUACUCCUACGACGUACCGCACACAUGCGGUCCGAACCCGGCGGUUUGUUGUCAGUUUGAUUUCCACCGGCUGAAGGGGGGGGGGCUCUCCUGUCCAUGGAAGAUACCUCCUCAGCCAAUCACAGAGCAGAACGUCAAGGAUCGGGCUCUCCUCCUGCUGGACCAGUACCGGCAGAAGUCUCGACUCUUUCGCUCUCCCGUCCUCUUCGUUCCACUCGGAGACGACUUUCGAUUUGUGGAUUUGAACGAGUGGGACGAUCAGUUCAGUAACUACCAGAAGAUCUUCGACUACUUCAACCAGCACCCGGAGCUCCACGUCAAGGCUCAGUUCGGGACGCUCUCAGAUUACUUCGAAGCUCUUCAUCGGCGUCUAAACUCAGCAGGAACGUCUCUGCCGACUCUUCGCGGCGACUUCUUUACGUACGCCGACCGAGAAGAUCAUUACUGGAGCGGAUACUUCACCUCUAGACCGUUUUACAAACGCCUCGACAGAACGCUGGAGGCCACGCUCAGAGCGACAGAAAUCCUCUUCAGCUUGACGUUGGCGGAAAUGCGGCGUUUCCGUGGCGACGGUCGUCUGGUCUCAGAUUUCCCAGCGAGUGAACACUUCCGGCGUCUGACGGCGGGGAGGCGGAGCUUAGGGCUGUUCCAGCACCACGACGCUGUCACCGGCACCGCCCGCGACCCGGUGGUGGUCGACUACGGCAACAAGUUGCUUCAGUCGAUCAUCAACCUGCGCCAGGUGCUGCAGAGCUCCGCCCACUGGCUGAUCCUAUUGGACAAGAGCCAGUACCACCACGACCAAUCAAAACCCUUCAUGCAAAUGGAUGAUGUGAUGUCAGCGCAGGACGCUCUGCCCCAGAAGACAACGCUCACGCUCAGUGAUGAGCCCAGGUCAUUGAUCAUCUUUAACCCGACGGAGCAGCUUCGUUCGUCCGUCAUCAGCGUCGUCGUCGACUCUCCGGACGCUCAUGUUGCUGAUGCAGAAACAGGUCGACCAAUGGCUGCACAGAUCUCUGCGUUGUGGGCGGAGCCGAGCCGGGCGUCCACAGAACACUUCCAGCUCGACUUCGUGGCUGAACUUCCUCCUCUGUCACUCGUCGUGUAUCACGUGACCAAAGCCUCUGUUGGCUCCGCCCACCGGGCCCGGUACACCUUCCAUCGCCGUGGCGACGCGCCGGCUAUCCAAUCCGAACACUUCCAAGUGUCCCGCCCAGAAGGACCUGAGGCCGGCCCCCUGUCGCUAAGCAACAAGCACAUCCAAAUAUGGAGCUCCCCGGAGACCGGCCUGCUGCAGAAGCUGCGUCUGCAGUCCGGUCUGAUCCGUCAGGUCCAGGUCCAGUUCCUGUGGUACGGAACCAGAAAGAGCCGAGACAAGAGCGGAGCCUACCUGUUCCUGCCGGGGCUGGAGGGGGCCCAGCUCUACUCGUCCUCAGGCCCCCUGGUCCGGGUCUCCAGAGGUCCGGUCUUCUCUGACAUCACUUCAUGCUUCCGUCACUUCACACACACGGUCCGACUGUUCCACCUGGACCACCUGGACGGGCAUGCUGGGAGAUCCCUGGAGAUUUCCAACAUGGUGGACAUCAGGUCAGAGGUCAACCGCGAGCUCGUCAUGCGGCUCGUCAGCGACGUCGCCAACGGCAACCGUUUCUACUCCGACCUCAACAGCUUCCAGAUGCAGCAGCGGCGGACGCUGGAUAAACUCCCCCUGCAGGCGAACUUUUACCCGAUGACGUCGGCGUCGUUCCUUCAGGACUCGAUGUCUCGGCUGUCGCUGCUGUCGGCUCAGAGUCAGGCGGUGGCGUCGCUGCGACCAGGUGAGCUGGAGGUGGUGUUGGACCGGCGGCUGCAGCAGGACGAUAACCGCGGCCUCGGUCAGGGCGUCACCGACAAUAAGCUGACAGCGAGUCUCUACCACCUGCUGCUGGAGGACAGGAGGGGCGGGGCUCAGGUGAGGAGGGGCGGGGCUCAGGAAGUGGGAGGAGCCUCAGUUGAACACCUGUCACUGCUCGCCCACCUGACCUCGCUCUCCCUCAGCCACCCGCCAAUCAUCAUGGUCGCCCCUAGUGACAGCCAGGUGCCAAAGCUCCGCCCCUUCCUGCCGCUCCGGUCAUCGCUGCCGUGCGACGUUCACCUGCUGAACCUGAGGACACUGGAGGAUUCAAAGGAAGCAGAAAGUCCGUCACAGGAAGUGGCUCUCCUCCUCCACAGGAAAGGCUUUGAUUGUAGCUCCGCCCCCGAUCCGCCACUGCAGUGCAUGUGGAGCGCGCACGAGGAGGUGAAUCUGGACGAUCUUUUCUCUCCUCUUCGGUUCCGUUCGGUCCGUCGGUCGGGUCUCACUCUGCUGCGAGAAGACGAUGAACCGGAAUCCGCCCGGCAACAGCAGCCGCCACGCAUCACCAGCCUUCGACCAAUGGAAAUCAGCGCCUUCCGCGUGGAGAUCGACUAAAUAACAAGAACUAACUGAUAGUUCAAAUACGACCUAAAGUUUGUCGUUUUUGGCAAAAGAAAUCCACCUUUUUGGAUCAGUGACAUCAAGAGACAACUUCAUGCAAACAAACCGGUAAAUCUAUUAAACAUUGAUUUUAAAUAUAAAAGACAACUAAACUUGAAAAGUUAAAGAUUAAAGUAAAGUGAGCAGCUAAACUGAAGGCUAAAUAAAUAAAAUGAAAUUAGAUAAAGAAUCAAAUCUGCCUUAAUUAGUCCCACAAUGGGGAAAUUAUUUCUCUGCAUUUAACCCAUCCCAGAGGAGCAGUGGGCUGCGAUGAAGCGCCCGGGUCUUGCUCAAGGACACCUCGGCAUGUUGCCAGUAGAGGGGUUUGAACCACCGACCUUGUGGUUACGGGACAAGCGCUCUACCUCAUGUGCCACAGACGCCCCACCUGCCCUCAACAAAAGCAUAAAAAUAAUUCACCUGCUUUAGAAGAAAUGAUAUAAAUGAACAUGGAGAAGUUUUUUAAUGCUGGAAAAACACAAAUAAAAAAGGGGAAAGUAAUGAAAUACACUAAUAAUUAAAAUAUUAUUUUAAAUUAUAAAUUUACAAAAUAGAAAAUGUAAAAGAGGACGAAUGAAGGCGUUAAAUCUUUUCUGAUUUUUAUUUUCAAAACUGGAGAUGUCAGUUAUUGUGACAAUAUUUACUUCUUUCCGCUGUGAAUAUGGAAAUAUUCUUCCACCAGGUGACAGGUUAAAAAAACAGGUCAGUCUAAAGGUCAAAGGUCAGAGCGAGAAAUAAUCGAUAUCUGAGAAAACACUGGAAAAUUAACUUGUGUGACACUGAACAAGAGGGUGAGGUUGCUAUGGCAACAAAAAGGGACCAAACGAAUGUAUGUGUGUGUGCAUUGCCAUGGUGACUGUCACCAAGUUUUAUGAAAGAAUGUGGAAUUGUGGGUAAAUUUUCAUUCAGUGCGUUUCUGUAAUUUUACAUAAAUCAUUGUUAAUGAAUGUUUCAAAAGUUCACAUAUUUACUUGUUUAAAUGUUUAAUGAUAUUUCUUUUAAUAUAAUUUUCUGUAUUUACUGUGAAAAUGGAAAUCUUCUGGGUAUUUUUUUAAUUUAGAAAUUCUCUACAUAUUAUCUGUAAAGAGUUUUAUUGCUGGAACAUGAAUGUGAAAAUGAAAAAUGUAUUUUUACUUUCAUGAAUUUGUUCAAAUAUUUUGCUUUACUUGUUUAU